AUGCAUGCUCGAGAUGGACGUGAUCGACAAGAUGAGGUGACUUGCGACAAAACCAUACAAAUAAAUAUUACCAGCGGAAGAUCCAUCCCAACUCCCGUAUUCAAAACACACACCUUCCAUGAAAACCAUCGUCUUCGUAUCCCUCAAGUGCUGUUACACCAGUUCCCAAAGACUCCACAUGAAGUAUGCUGGACUUCUCAAUCGCCACCGACGAACUCCCUGGGAUCUAUGAUCGUAACGGAAACUCAGCUCGAACUGGACAUCAACGAUUCCGACCUAUCCCUGUCGGGUCUGAUUAAUCAGGCUAGACUGGCGGUAAGGAAUCGGCGGUGUUACCUUCCCAUGCGACCUUACUAG